AACAACAAAAACAAUAUGGCCAAACAAGACGACGGAAUUUCACGUGUGUUUGAAAACAAGGUUACAGACACGGAAAAUGACACGUCAGUUUCUGAUUUACAAUCAGACGACAAGCCAACAUGUAUAAUUGUCCUUGGAAUGGCUGGUUCCGGCAAAACAACAUUUGUCCAAAGAAUUGUUGCACAACUUCAUACCAACAGAAUCCCGCCCUACGUAAUCAACCUUGACCCAGCUGUACAUGAAGUACCAUUUCCUGCUAAUAUUGAUAUUCGGGACACAGUCAAUUACAAAGAAGUCAUGAAACAGUAUGGAUUAGGCCCAAACGGUGGAAUUGUAACCUCUUUGAAUUUGUUUGCAACACGAUUUGAUCAGGUUAUGCAAUUUAUAGACAAGAAAAAGAAGUCAGAAUGCAAACACAUCAUCAUUGACACUCCGGGGCAGAUUGAAGUAUUCACAUGGUCUGCAUCUGGAUCCAUCAUUACAGAAGCAUUGGCUUCUUCCUUUCCUACUGUGGUUGUGUAUGUGAUGGACACGUCCCGCAGUGUGAGUCCUGUCACGUUUAUGUCCAACAUGACAUAUGCCUGCAGCAUCCUCUACAAGACUAAGCUGCCUUUCAUUGUUGCCAUGAACAAGAUUGACAUAGUGAGUAACAAGUUUGCAGUGGAGUGGAUGACAGACUUUGAGUCGUUUCAAGAUGCCCUGGAGCAUGAGACAUCCUAUACCUCCAACCUGACACGCUCCAUGAGUCUGGUACUGGACGAGUUCUAUGCUACUUUAAAGAGUGUGGGUGUAUCCGCAGUGACAGGUGAGGGGGUGGAGAAGUUCUUCACACUCGUUGAUGAGGCUGCAGAAGAAUAUCGCAAAGAGUACAAGCCAAUGUUGGAUAAGAGGAAACAAGAUCUGGAGAAGAAAGGAGUGGAGAGACAGGCUGAUGAGCUGUCUAGGGUGGUGCAGGACAGAGAGGCAGAGUUGGCGGAGACUGAGGGUUUGCGACAGCAGACCUCUAAGCUUUCUAUCAAUCCUUCCGUUGCCAUGGGAGACGAUGAAGACAGCGACGAUGAGUUUAGACAUGAUGAACCUAUAGAUGUUGAUGAGGCAAGGGAGUAUGAAUCUUUUAAAAGAUACUUGGACAUGCAGAAAUCCAGACAGCAGCAGAAAUAUGAGACACAGAAACCUGACAACACAUGACCAUCCCAUCAUGCGAGUUUCCAAUAAAAAAUACCUAUUAAAUGGACUUACAGUGGGGAAUUAGAGACAUUGCUUACUGUAAAAAGACACUGACACUUGAAACAACUGACAAUGCUUGCAGUCUGUGUUUAUUGUUACUGUUAAUCAUCUGACUUGUGAAGGAGUUUAAACAGAUUGAAACAAUACUGAAAAUAUAAGAUGGCAUUGGGCUCGUCUACAAUCUGUUUUUUAGAGGAUUUUAUGGAGUAAUGUGAGCAUAGUGGACUACUAAGGAUUUUUUGUUCAUAUAAUAUAGUACAUGUUUGCCACAUGAUUCCAUCUUCUGUUUUUUUGUUUUAAGAAGAUAUGUGUUUGUUAAAGUGGCAUGUAUGAAAUUGUCUUGGACUUGAUCAUCCUGACAGUGAUCAUCCUGACAGUAGGGAAUUUCUUUUUAAAUAAUACCGCAUCAUUUGUGUAACUCUUCUUUGUAUGUUUAAAAAGGCAACUUUUCCAGUAUGUUUAAAAUAAUAGAUCUUUUAUGUUCAGUUGUAAAUGUUAUUUAUGCACAUAAUAGUCAAAUGACACAAAGCACAUGUGUUGCUAUGGUGCGAGUGUGACGUCACUGCACGGGCCCUCGUGCACCUUGCUGACCAUGUUGAAGUGGCCCAUCCUGGAAAUAAAGAUUCGCAAAUCAGAA